AAGUUGGUCUCAUCCAUGGCACUCAGGAGGCAAGUGAAAAACUUUGUGAAAAAUUACUCAGAGGCGGAAGUCAAAGUCCGGGAAGCAACUUCCAAUGACCCUUGGGGUCCUUCGAGCUCUCUGAUGUUAGAUAUCAGUGACCUGACCUUCAAUACAGUUUCUCUCUCAGAAAUUAUGAAUAUGCUGUGGCAGAGACUAAAUGACCAUGGGAAGAAUUGGCGCCAUGUGUACAAGUCCCUCACACUCAUGGAUUAUCUUAUCAAGAAUGGAUCCAAAAAAGUCAUUCAGCUUUGCCGAGAAGGCUUCUUUAACAUUCAGACAUUAAAGGAUUUUCAUCACAUAGAUGAAGCUGGAAAAGACCAAGGUUAUUACGUCCGGGAAAAAUCUAAGCAAAUCAUCACUUUGCUGAUGGAUUCGCAGCUGCUGCAUAAGGAGCGGGAGGUGGCGUGUCGGACCAGAAGGCGAACAUCCUACUCGAUGACGUUUCCGAAAAGAUUGCCUGGCGCCGGCCACUCGCCAACUCACUUAGCCGGCCCUGCCCUGGCGUCAGAUGCCUCUGCAUCAGAGAACAAGCGCACACUUCUCAAGGUCUCAAGGCUGCACCUCACAAAAAGUACUUCCAAGACAGAAUUGAGACCGGAGCAGAGCUAUUGUAUCCAUAUGCCGAGCAGAAGUGCAGUGUCCCAGGAAACACUACCACUCAAAAUAAACGCUUGGAAAUCAGCGGAAGACCUGAUGGUAUUUUAUGAUGAAGAACCCAAACAACUUUUGCCACCAGCACCUCCCAUGAUGCCUCCGACUUCAUUGGUGACAGAAGAGUGUGAAGAAGGAUAUAGCCUUUGGGAUUCAGAUGCCAUGCCUGCUCCUUUGGAAAAAAGUCCAUCUCUGCAUACAAAUCUGAGCUCGGGCAAAAGGCUAGACAGCUUUGGCAUCGACCAACUCGAUUUAUCAAAUCUUGCACUGGAAAACAACAUGCAACAAUCUCUAGAGUGUCAUUCCCCUCAGAAAAAUUGUGAUGCCUUGGGAACUGUGCAGGGCCUCUGGCCAUCGGGGAGAGAAGAGGCUGUCAAUACCAACAUAAGGGUGUCAAAGUCUGAUCCUUUCUUCCAUAGAUCUCAGGCUUUUUUCCAUAGAUCCCAGGCUUCCGUAGAGACCCUUUAUGUGUCUCCCUCCUUCAAAACCUUUGAACCUUUGAAGGAGAGUUUAAUUAGCAAGGAGUACCCAGAACCAACACAGAACCUGUCCAAACAAUUUUCUGAGACUAAUAUGACACCUUUGCCAAAUCGCAGCUCCAACAGCGUUAAGAUGGAUGGUAUGGACCUCAACCCUUUUGCAAGACACGAUUCAACCAUCUCUGAAGGAACAUCCUCAUCUUUUUCUACCUUCUCCAUCUCAUCCCCGGACUUAGCCACUCCAGAAAACAUCCUUUAUCCUUUAGGUCUGCCUUCUGGUGGACCUUCCCUUAGGCCUUCAUCCCACAGGCCUUCCUCCUCCUCUGUGCUCUUCAAAGAGAUGCCGGUCAGGGUUAACCACCCCUUUGCUCCUUGCCCAACCUCUUCAGAUGAAGAUGAGAGUGACAACAUCAACCUGUUAGAUAUCCUCCCUGAUAAUUCCAAUUCUGCAGACACUCGAACUCUUAAUGCUAUGAGAGGAAACUGGAUCACUUUCCCCAUUCAGGACAUGCAGUGCCUGAUCUCGGCAUCGGAUCCUACUUCCCUUGCGAGCAAACAACUCCCUGAGGCACCUGGUACCGACACACCCAUCAUGGCAGAAUUGGUAGAGAUCAAAAAUGAUAUUAGGAGAUUGCAUGGAGAUCUGACUGCCGUGGUCCAAGAGCUUCGCAUCGUCAACAGCCACCUGGAAAGCAUUGAGGCUGAGAACAGUCAGCAAGGCACUCGGCAGGUCAGCAAGCCUCUCCUGCCCACAGAUGGCCCGAGUCAGUUCUGAC